AAGAAUAGAAGUUAAAUGUUCCAAUGCUUCAUAUCUAAACUUAAAAAAUCUAAGAUUUUCAAGGGUAAAACAUUGAUUCCCUGGAUUGAUUCUAUACUGCACAUCGAUUCAAAAUAUCGAUAUUUUGGGCUUGAUAAUCCGCCAUCCCUAAAGUUCUUGUAUCUCUAUUUAGUUUGUGAUCCUUGCGGCCAGGGAACUUCCAUAAACAUUAUGACUGACUUUGAGCAAUCAGAACCAAUCCGGCCCAGCGAUUCCCAAAAAGAUGUGGACUUCACAGAUGGGAAGGCGAAGCUUCGAAAGUGGCUCAAUAUGAACUUCAGGAUUGAAAUGACUGAUGGUCGCGUGCUUAUCGGAGUCUUCCUCUGCACAGAUAGAGAUGCUAAUGUUAUUUUGGGGGCCUGUUCAGAGUAUCUCAAAAACAGUGGAGGGGAGAUGGAGGAACCCAGGGUACUAGGACUAGUGAUGGUGCCUGGUCGUCACAUUGUGUCCAUUCAGAUUGAUGAUACUACUCCACCGCCGAAAUAUUAUUAUGAUGAAUGAAUGACUUGAUACCACUGUGAUAUAUAAUUUAGUCAUAAAUAUAUACGUAAUUGUUAAAUGUAAAAAAAAAUUACAAACAUUUAUUUGAAUAUUUUAGGAAACAUGUGAAACUUAUAAAAGUUAAACUAUGUAUGGUUAUACUUUUAAAACAAACCUAUAAUGCUAAAUAGGAAUGUUACAAAUAUUUGUAUUCGCAUCAAGAUUUGCAAAUGCGAAUCUGUGAUGCAUGAUCAAAGUGAGCAGGAUCUCCAGCAUGGCACGUGCCGCAUGCUACCAAUAGAUUAAAUGUAUAAUUAUUAAUAAAUUUGUGUUUACUUA